AUGGCAAGCCCAUUUUACUCCGGCUACUGGAACCACCCUAAUGAGCCACGCUAUUCUCCUUCUUCUAUUCCGCUCAAGCGCAAGCCUGAGACUGCGUCUCCCAAGGUCAUUUCUAUUCCUGUCCACUUUGUCGACUCGAAAAAUAACCGAGUCAAGACUGGUUUGAACAGAUCAGAUGCUGCCUUGAGGAUCCAGAAGGUGUUCAGAGGCUUUUUGCUUAGGAGAAGUGUCGACAGAAUUGUUAAAAUUAAAAACGAGGUCGAGGAAAUAGAGAGGAGAAUUGCGAAAAAAGAAACUGUGGAAUUGAUCCGUAAGGAUUCCAAGGAGCGGCUGAGGAUUAAUGAGACGCUGAUGGCUUUGCUAUUCAAACUUGAUUCGGUUCGCGGAAUUGAUUUUGGUGUCAGGGAUUUGAGGAAACGCGUUAUUAAGAAAGCUAUUGCGUUACAGGAGAAAGUCGACGCACUUGUUGAGCUCCCAUCGCAAUCAUCACACGAAGAAAAUGAGGCCGUGGUGGAUAAGGAUGAUUCUCCGGUUUGCGAUGAGGAGAUGCCAAUUGAGAAUCCUCCUGCUGCUAUUUCAGCUGAUAUUAUGCCAAUUGAGAACGCUCCUGCUGCUAUGUCGAACGAUGAUAUGCCAAUUGAGAAUCAUGUGAUGCCAAUUGAGAAUCCUUCUGCUGCUAUCUCGGCUGAAGAUAUGCCAAUUGAGAAUGAUGUGAUGCCAAUUGAGGUCUCUCCUGCUGCUGCCUCGGUCGAUAAUAUGCCAAUUGAGAACGAGGAGAUGCCAAUCGAGGAUGUGAUCGACUCGAUGGAUCAGUCACAGGACUUUGAAGAGGAAGGCAAUUGUGUUGUAAAGGAGGUUAUUGAGGACUGCAACACAAUGAACUCAAAAACUGAAAUGCAGAUGCAGAUGCACGAUGAAGAGGCGGAUGAUUGCAGCGAGGGAGUGCAACCACAGGCAGAGGAGGAUACUGGAGAAGUCACGAUGGGAGAUCACGAGAAGACUGUGAUUGAGGAGGCAGGAGAGAAGAAGAGCAACGAGGACUUGCAGAGUCAGAUGAUAAGGAUGAUGAGUGAGCUGGUUGAGAAGAAUGAGCAACAAACUCGGAUGAUCAACUCCUUGACUCACAGGGUUGGACAGUUAGAGAAGGCCUUCUUGUGCGAUAAGCUUCGCAGGAGUAACAAAAAGAAGAAGCGGCAGCACGAUGCAGCUGCAGAUGAAAAGCAGCCUUGA